AUGGAGCACAUCGGAGAUACCAAUCGAGCUCUUCAACAGGAAAUGGACUACCAGGAGUAUUUGGCGGACGAACUCUUCCGAUCAGAACCAAGGGUAUUCUUGUGUUGAGUUCUUAGCAUAAAUUUGGUCUAAUAGGGGAUCUUUACGGACGCCGAACUCAGAGAUCUCCAGGUAGGAAAAGCAUCUUUUUAUAAAACUGGCCCAUCUUAUCUAUAUAGAAUAAAAUUGAGCUGAACGAAAGUCACUUGGAAUAUCUUGCAGCAACAACAAAUUUGGAAAACUUGUUUUCCGUAAGUCUACGUCCACUUUAUCGAAUUUUGUACUCUUUUGACACAUUCAUCAAGUUUGAACCAAUCUGAUAGGUUUUACAGUUAAAUUGUCUAUUUAUGAAAUGAAAAUGGUGUUUAGUUCUGCAAACUAACAAAAGCUUAUAUUGUGUUGCCUUUGAAUUCCAGAAAAUUGGUAGUCAUGAUGUAGGCAGAAAAUACUUAAUUAUUUCAAACUUCAGUGA